AUGACAACUUCAGUUAAACAUAAGAAAGUGACUGUAACAAUGGAACAAAAACUCCAGGCUUUUCGUAUUGAUGCUAGGAAUCAUUUAGAAAAAUUAAAUCAAUUAAUAAUAACUAAACAAAAUAUGAAUCUUGAAAACGAAUUAAAAGAUGAAAAAAAUUGUAGCAGUAAGAAAACUAUUUCUAUCGAUGACCUAACCAAACAAAUACAUAAUCURGAAAUCAUAAUAAAAGGUAUUGAAGAUCAUAAAAUUCUUUAUACAGAGGAAAUUUCCAAACUUAAGGAUGAUAAAUCUGUGGCAGAACAAAAACUAAACGAAUUUAAAAGUAUAAUUAAAACACAAAAAAAUGAAUUAGCGAUUGCUUUAUCUAAACUGGCUUAUGCUGAAGAAGGUCUAAAAAAUAAAAAUGAUAGUCAGAUUCAAAAAAUUCAACAAUUAGAACACGAUACUAAAACAUUUGAAAAAGAAGCCCAAUUUUAUAAGGUUCAACAUGAUUUUUUAACAAAUAAAUGUUUAUUAAUCGAUAAAGACCUAUCGGAAUCACGAGWGAUUAUUAAAUCGUUAGAAAUGAAAAUAAAUGCAAUCAUGGUAGAACGUAACAUGAUAUUCGAUGAUUUAUCUAAGGAAUGUAAUUAUCUGAAAAGAGAAAACAGUACAUUUUUAGAAAACAUCAACGAAUUAAAUGAAUCAAUUAUAUGUGUCAAUAAGAAGAAAAAUUACUUGCGAGAUGAUUUAGCCACAUGCAACGAGAAACUAUCAAUUGCAAACGAUGAAAUAAGUAAUUUUUAUGUAGAGACAAAAUAUUUAAACACGAAAUUGGAAAAAGUGACAGAUAAACUAACAUGUAUUGAACGAGAACUAGAAGAGACUAAAUUGAAAUUAAACCAAGAAACGUAUCUGAAAGAGAAGAUCAAUGAAAAAUACUGUCGUAUAAUAUAUGAAUGUACAUGUUCCCAAGAAAAGUGUCAGACCGCCGAUAAUCACAGGUUAUUGGUUUCUGAUAUUAUGCCGUGUUAUGUUAAAGAGGAUGAACAGACAAUACAUUUAAAACUURUUGACGUUGGUUCACAGACACAAACGUGUCCGUCUCUCUGCCAACCUAUAACAGCAUCAAUAAAUCGUGACUCAAGUAUAAAUAACAUAAGAAAAUGUGAUAACUUAAAUAGCUCGUGUGAUGCCGAUAAAAUUAACAAUAAUCCGUGCCAGUUAGAUUUCAAGAAAACGUMUAUUUAUGUUAACUCUCCUGAUGACUAUUCUUGUUCUGUUCAAUCAAAAAACCCAAAAAAAUGUUUUGGUUUUUUCUGUGACAAAGAAAAUCUACAAUGUCAACUAAAUGAAAUGAAACAACUGCUAAAAAAAAAAGAACAGACAGCAAGGAAAGAAUUAUGUGAUACUAAACAGACAUAUAACAAUAAGGAAAUAAUAAUGAGCAAAUGGCUAGAAGACACAAAGGAACAAUGUCAAAAGAAAUUAGACGAAGCUAAUGCUCAAUUAGAAAUGUAUGAAACAGCAAUUCUGUAUAAAGAAUAUGAAUUGAAAAACUUCCAAAUACGAGAACAUCAAUAUAAAAUGGAAUUGGAGCAACUUAAUGAAACUAUAAAGAUCAAGGAUAAACAAAUCGAAAGUGAACAAAUACUUUUUGCAGGCAAUAGUAUGAAUAAUAACGAAGAUCAAUUAUCAAGUUUUCAAAAAACGGAGUUAGAAAAAUUUAAUGAACAUCUUCAAUUACCCUCGGACAACUAUAAUGUCCAACUUGGAAAGGAUUCAGAGACUGAUAAUAAAUUAGAAAAACCUCAAACAUUUAUAAAGAAACAACGAUAUUCGACCAAGCAAAAUGUUAAAAAUAAUCUUUAUGCAUUAAAAAUGUCAAAGACAGCAACCAAAACGAAAAGCAAAAAAUAUGGUCCCAAAUUGAUGAAUUUACCUUGUUGUAUUGGAUCGAAAAAUCCUUGUAACAGACAAAAAAGUUUWAACUUAUUACGAAUGAAUCAACUAAAAUCUGAGUUCGGAGUUUCGAGAAACAAUUUGAAAACGUCGGAGAUUUUAAGGGGACCAGCGGAAUAA